AUGAAGGGUGCAGAGGUUCAGGAUGUGACUGGGGAGGAGCUGACUGAUUCGCUUCCAUUAAACACUGAUGGGAGAAGGAGAAGCAAACGGAUUGUGAAACCUCCAAACCAAGGACACCUAAAUAGACACCAGCAAAUUCACACAAGGGAGAAGUCCUACCAGUGUUCACAGUGUGGGAAGAGCUUCAGUCGAUUAGGACACCUAAAUAGACACCAACAAAUUCACACAAGGGAGAAGUCCUACCAGUGUUCACAGUGUGGGAAGAGCUUCAGUCGAUUAGGACACCUAAAUAGACACCAACAAAUUCACACAAGGGAGAAGUCCUACCAGUGUUCACAGUGUGGGAAGAGCUUCAGUCGAUUAGGACACCUAAAUAGACACCAACAAAUUCACACAAGGGAGAAGUCCUAUCAGUGUUCACGGUGUGGGAAGAGCUUUAGUCGAUUAGGACACCUAAAUAGACACCAGUGGAUUCACACAGGGGAGAGGCCCUACCAGUGCUCUCAGUGUGAGAAGAGCUUCCGUCGAUUAGGAACUCUAAAGGGGCACCAGCAGACUCACACAGGGGAAAGGCCCUACCAGUGCUCCCAGUGUGAGAAGAGCUUUAGUCAUUUUGAAUCACUAAAGAAACACCAGUCCAUUCAUGCAGGAAAGAGGCCCUACCAGUGCUCCCAGUGUGGGAAUAGCUUUAGUCAUUUUGAAUCACUAAAGAUACAUCAGCGAACACACACAGGGGAGAGGCCCUACCAGUGCUCCCAGUGUGGGAAGGGCUUCAAUCGAUUAGGACAUCUAAAGCAACACCAGCAGACUCACACAGGGGAAAGGCCCUACCAGUGUUCCCAGUGUAAGAAGAGCUUCAAUCGAUUAGGACAUCUAAAGCAACACCAGCAGACUCACACAGAGGAAAGGCCCUACCAGUGUUCCCAGUGUGGGAUGAGCUUCCUUCGGUCAGGAACCCUAAAGAAGCAUCAGCAGACUCACACAGGGGAGAGACCCUACCAGUGUUCCCAGUGUGGGAAGAGCUACAGUCGAUUAGGACACCUAAAGGAGCACCAGCAGACUCACACAGGGCAGAAGCCUUACCGGUGUUCCCAGUGUGGGAAGAGCUACAGUCGAUUAGGACACCUAAACGAACACCAGCGGAUUCACACAGGGGAGAGGCCCUACAAGUGCUUCCAGUGUGGGAAGAGCUACAGUCGGUUAGGAAACCUAAAGGAGCACCAGCAGACUCACACAGGAGAGAAGCCUUACCAGUGUUCCCAGUGUGAGAAGAGUUUCCUUUGGUCAGGAGCCCUAAAAAAACAUCAGCAGAUUCACACAGGGGAGAGGCCCUACCAGUGCUCCCAGUGUGGGAAGAGCUUCAGACUAUUAGGAACCCUAAAGAGACACCAGCGGACACACACAGGGCAGAGGCCCUACCAGUGCUCCCAGUGUGGGAAGAGCUUCAGUCGAUUAGGACAUAUACAGAGACACCAAAAGACUCACACAGUUGACAGUUUAUCACAGUAAGCCCAAUAAAUAUGUUCUUCAAUG